AUGCGACCAAAGCGGGUGAAGACUCCAUCUUCAUCAGAUGUGGAGAUGGAACCAGUAGAAGUCUUUGCGAGGAUAAAGACGGUUUCUCCAACUGAGGACACAUGCGUCGAUUUCGUGGACGAGCGAACGGUCGAUUGCAAGCCACCGCCAGAUGUGGUUAGCGACAAGGGCUCGCGAGCUACUUUCACGAAGGUGUUCAACCAAGGCGCUGCCCAGAGCGCGGUCUACGAUGAGAUCUGUAGGCCGAUGGUCAAACGGCUCUUGAAGGGCAAAUCGGGACUGCUGUUCAACUAUGGUGUGACUUCCUCUGGCAAGACUUACACCAUGACUGGUAGUCCCAAUCAGCCCGGCUUCCUCCCCCGCGCCAUGGAGAUGAUCUUCUCGUCGAUUGAUGGUCACCAGACGAAAGAGUUCCGCGUGACAUCAGACGAUCGCAACGGCUUCAAGCUUCUGAGUGAGACUGACAUGAUGACCCACAGACUGGAGAAGCGAAACGAACUGGUCCACAGUCGAAUUGCGUCGAGAGGCUCAACCAACACCGUGCCAAACUACAACAUUGAUGAGCACUACAUGGAGAGCCUUUCUGAGGGCUUUCAAUAUGCGGUUUUCAUGACAUACUGCGAUAUCUACAACGAGUCGCUGGAUGACCCUGAGCGCGGAGUAUACGGGCACAAUAUAACUGUCAAAGAAGUUCGCUCGCUAGAAGAUGCGCUGCGAGAAUACGAGCGCGGCCUGAAGCAGCGAAGAAUGGCAGAAACUUCUCUGAACAGAACCUCCUCACGCUCGCACGCGAUCAUGAGCUUGCACGUCGUGAGGAUACCGUACGACAGGAACACUGGCGACGUUUUUGAAGACCAGGUCGAAGAUGUCACCAGUUUUGCGUCGAGUCUGCAUUUGGUUGAUUUGGCAGGCUCGGAAAGGCAGUCGAGGACGAAUGCGGCUGGCGAUCGACUCAGAGAAGCGGGAAAUAUCAAUAACUCGCUGAUGACGCUCAGAAGAUGCAUUGAUAUUCUCCGACAAAAUCAGCGCACUGGAGCAAGAGGAAACGUCCCCUAUCGCUCGUCAAAGAUCACCCACAUGUUCCGAAACUUUUUCGAAAUUCUCGGCGGCGUGAAACUCGUCAUUUGCCUGAACCCGGCGGCCUCGGAAUUCAAUGAAAACCUCGACGUUCUCAAUUUCGCCGAAGCGGCGCAAGCGAUCGUCUGCAAGCGUGAAAUCAAGGAAGACAUCGAGGAAGACUUCACAGCUCGGGAGGAACAGGCCGCGAUGGCCAGAGCGAAGAAGAAUAAGAGGAGGACGAUCUUUCAGCCUUGGAUGGUCAAUGAAGAGGCUCUCGCUCACGGACCACCUCUGCCAUGCGUUGAACUCUUCAGUUGUGACGACGCCGAGAUGAUACCUCAGCUGAUCGACAUCAUCCGGCAGCGAGUAGAGCGUCGCGAAAUCAUCGGGGAAGAGACCGAUCGGCUGACGACAACUUUCCGCAAGAAACUCAACCACUUUGAGAGGGAGAAUGUCGAUGCUCUUGGCAAACUGCGCAUUCUCGAGCCUCAGGUUGAGAAAAUCGAGGGCGAGAAUGAUCGGCUCUUGAAGGACAACAGACGAUUGGAGAAAAAGAACAGAGCGCUUAUGGAAGCCCAACGGGUUUACGAGCUCGAUAAGAAGGAAGCUGAAGCAGAGCUACAGGCGAUGAACAACAAGCUCGAGAAUGAGAGCAAAUCGAAGCGGCAGAUCGAAGCCGCUGCAAAGCGAAAGAUGGAGGAUGAGCGACGAAAGUUGAACAUGGAGACCUCUAGAAAGCUUCGUGAAGCUGAAGAGAACUCCAAGAACAGGCUCAACCUGAACGAAGCCAAGAUGGAUCAGCUUAGAAAUAUCCUCUCGAAGAACUCUCCCCGAACGCCCGUCUCCCGUGUCAACCGCGAAGUUGAGCGCGUUGAGCGAACUCCUGUAUCUUCUGCACGCACUCGUAACCUUCGCAAACGAUCUGUCUCCGAGACUAGAAUGAAGGAAGAAGCAGGCAUAACACCUGGUAUGUCUGUGAAGACUCCUUCUGCUUCGAACAUCAAGGAAAAUCGACCCCCACGCCCUGGACGAUCUCAAGAACGCGGUCGUGGACCGACAACCGAUCAUCUCGCGCACAAGAGACGAUCCAAGUCGGCCGACAAAUGGCUUGCUCACACGCCCAAGGAAACUAUUGACCCUGGCACUGUUCUUCAGCCAAAAGUCAUCGCGAAGAAAAAUGUUCACAUUCCUUCCGUGGGUGACCUAAAGACCGUCGACCAGUAUCUCCUGACGCAUCAGGAGCUCGGUACCGGCAAUCAAGUCAAAACGACGCUUGUGAAAGGCGAAGUCUACGGCACCCGCACCGGCGGAACUCAAGUCAGAUUCACUGGCAAAGAAAAGCUGACAUCUGGCACAUCCAGCGACAAGCGAGGAGUAAAGAGGCGAUCGAAUGAGGAGCCCGAAUCUCUAGAAUCGGCAUCAUCCGCCUUUACGGAUAUCGCAGCGCGUUGCGAUCUCGCAGUCGUUCACGAGAAAGGCGCCUCAUCUGCCCAUAUUACUAACUCCAAUAAUAAGUUCCGUCGCAAGUAA